CAGUUUAUUUGCGCUUUGUUACUGUGAAUGAGUUCAUGUAAAAUGGUUGUGCUCUUUAUCAUUGCACAGCACUAGCCGUGGCCAAUGCAUCAAUCGUUAUCGACUUAUCGCAUAUUGUUUAUUUUUCUUCGUUAGCAGCAACAAUGGGCGGCCCUGAAUUACCUACAGAUCCCGGUGAGGAGCAUACUUUUCAAGCGCCUGCAAUUGAGCACCCACAUAUUGGCGAACAGAGCGAUGACAGUGCCGAGUCGGACGCGUAUGAUGGUUACCAGCCGCUUGCAACCGACGCUGACGAAGCAGGCGCAAUGGUUACUGAUAUCAAUAUCAGAGAGCCGACUGCACCUGAGACACCUGAUGAGGACAUCGACUUGAUGACAGCGGAGGUGACACACGGCGAUCCAAAUAUGCCACCCAUUGAAAGUGCAGAUGCGGAAAUUGAGCGGCAAGUAUGGAACGAGCCACGACCGCAGGAGCUCCAGAUGGAACUGGACAAAACGCGCACAGAGCAGAUACUCAAAGCUAUGUCCAAGAUAACAUUGCCCAAUAUAACAGUGCCUGACUGGGCCAAAGGCGUGCCUGAAGAGCGGUGGAAGCACGAGUUGCUGGAGCGUAUUCAGACUCGUAGAGCAGCGCCUGCAACGGAAACUGCUGCUGGACAGCUGCCCAAGCCCUCAGCCGAUUAAUACAUUCCUAUAUUUAUGUAUAUAAGCUAAGCAUAAUGUAUUUAUUAAAUUUGACUCCCGCAUAUAUAAAAAUUUAAAAAUAAAUGCG